CGUAGUUUCACCUUCAAAGCUCCUUCACCAGACUUGCAAAGUCUUCUCCUUUUCAGCGCAAAGACCUUCACAGAGCUCCCCUCUCUCUCCUCUCUCUCUCUCUCGAAGAACGUUCUUUAUCUCUCCAUUUUCGCAGCUUAAGGCGGCCGUCCAUGGCGGCCUCGGAGGACGCCAAAGGAUCGACUCUCCGAUACGCGUUCGGAAGCGUUCUCUCCUGCUUCAUCCUCCUUCUGAUAGGAGUUCUCGCAUUCUCGAUCCGUCUCUUCUCUGUUAUCAAGUACGAGAGCGUUAUUCACGAGUUCGAUCCUUAUUUCAAUUACAGAGUCACUCAGUAUCUCACGAAGAAUGGAAUUUAUGACUUUUGGAAUUGGUUUGAUGAUCGAACCUGGUAUCCCCUUGGGCGUGUGAUUGGUGGAACUGUGUACCCUGGAUUGACAUUGACAGCCGGCACCAUGUGGUGGAUACUUAAUUCUCUUAACAUUCCUCUAUCUGUGGAAACUGUUUGUGUAUUUACGGCUCCAGUUUUUAGUGCUAUUGCUGCAUGGGCGACUUACCUUCUCACUAAGGAAGUUAAGGGUACUGGCGCUGGACUAACUGCAGCAGCUCUCUUAGCCAUGGUUCCAUCCUAUAUAUCUCGAUCCGUGGCAGGCAGUUAUGACAAUGAAGCAGUAGCUAUAUUUGCUUUAAUCUUCACUUUCUAUCUAUAUAUAAAGACAUUGAACACAGGAUCACUCUUUUAUGCUACUUUAAAUGCCAUAUCGUAUUUUUACAUGGUUUGCUCUUGGGGAGGGUAUACCUUUAUUAUUAACCUCAUUCCAAUGCACGUCCUUCUAUGCAUUGUCACUGGCCGCUACUCUUCUAGGCUGUACAUUGCUUAUGCCCCACUUGUUGUCUUAGGAACAUUGUUGGCUGCAUUGGUGCCUGUUGUUGGUUUCAAUGCAGUCAUGACAUCUGAACAUUUUGCAUCAUUUUUGGUCUUUAUUAUUAUCCAUGUGGUGGCUCUUGUGUACUAUAUCAAAGGAAUCCUCUCGCCAAAAAUGUUUAAAGUAGCUGUUACACUUGUUGUAUCUGCUGGCCUCGUGACAUGUGGGGCUGUAAUAGCAAUACUAAUAGCAGUGGUAGCUUCUAGCCCAACGAAAGGAUGGAGCGGACGGAGUCUAAGUCUGCUUGAUCCAACUUACGCAAGCAAGUAUAUACCAAUUAUUGCCAGUGUCAGUGAACAUCAACCACCUACAUGGCCUUCAUACUUUAUGGACAUUAAUGUCUUGGCAUUCCUGGUUCCAGCUGGUGUUAUUGCUUGCUUUUUGCCACUAUCUGAUGCCAGCUCAUUUGUGGUCCUUUACUUGGCAACUUCAGUGUACUUUUCUGGAGUCAUGGUACGUCUAAUGCUUGUACUUGCUCCAGCAGCAUGCAUAACAUCUGGAAUUGCUCUUUCUGAAGCUUUUGAUGUUUUUACACGUUCAAUCAAAUUUCAAUUACCUGGGUUAUCAGGAAAUUCCCAGACUGAUGCAGGGGAAACCAGUUCCGCUAGUACUGAGACACAAAGUGAUGAGAUAAAAAAGACUGAGAAAAAUGAAAAUUCAGCUAAAGAAAGACCUUCAAAAAAGACUGACAAGGUUGAAGAUUCAUUAAGAGAACGACCUUCAAAAAAGAGCAAGAAGAAGGAAAAGGAAAAUGCGGAGAAGACUUCUAUCAGGCAUCGGAUGGAAAAACGGCUUCUUGUUUUACCUCUGGAAGCAUCUGCCAUUGCUAUUUUCUUGCUUGUGUUGCUUGGUGCCUUUUAUGUGGUUCAUUGUGUCUGGGCUGCAGCCGAAGCUUAUUCUGCGCCUUCUAUUGUCCUAACCUCUCAUUCUCAUGAUGGUCUUCAUGUGUUUGACGAUUUUCGAGAAGCGUAUGCAUGGUUGCGCCACAACACUGAGAUGGAUGAUAAAGUUGCAUCUUGGUGGGACUAUGGUUAUCAAACAACUGCUAUGGCUAACCGCACUGUAAUUGUUGACAACAAUACUUGGAAUAACACUCAUAUUGCAACUGUUGGUACUGCCAUGUCUUCUCCUGAAAAGGCAGCUUGGGAAAUUUUCAAUUCGUUGGAUGUGAAAUAUGUUCUUGUUGUAUUUGGAGGUCUUGUUGGCUAUCCAAGCGACGAUAUCAAUAAAUUCCUGUGGAUGGUCCGAAUAGGUGGCGGUGUAUUCCCUCACAUUAAGGAGCCUGAUUAUCUGAGAGAUGGUCAGUACCGGAUUGAUUCACAGGCCACUCCAACAAUGUUAAAUUGUCUCAUGUACAAACUCUCAUAUUACAGAUUUGUGGAGACUGAUGGUAAAGGCUUUGAUAGAGUAAGGCGGACUGAGAUUGGGAAGAAAUUUUUCAAGCUUACCUAUUUUGAAGAGGCAUUCACAAGUCACCAUUGGAUGGUUCGGAUAUACAAAUUGAAACCUCCAAAGAACAGGAUCAGAGGCAAGACAAAGAAAUCAAAAUCGAAGACCAGCUCAAACAGUAGCAGAUCAAGAAAGAAGAACCCUUGGCAUUAAGCAUUAAAAUCGUAGGCCCUUUCUUAGGUCCGUUAAUGUGAUACAUGAUUCUAUGCGCGAUCCGCCUUGGGAUGGACUGAGUGAGAGGGCAUAGUUAACAAUUUUCCUUCAUAGAAAUGAGAAUGACAAAAUUAAAGGUUUUGUAGUCUUUUGAUCUGUACUUCCAUCUCUAGUUUCGAUUUCUUUUUCAAUUUAUGAGUACAGCUAGGAUGAUGGGCUUCUUGACCAGUAGUCAUCUUUUAACAGCCAGUCUUUGUUCUGCGACGGUCAAAUGUUUUAACAUUUUUGGCUUUGGUAAAAUGAAUGGGUUAUGAACUUAUAUUUCUCUUCAA